AUGACGAUAAGUGAUUCUAAAGAAUCUAGUGAAAACGCGGACGAAUCGAAAGCGGACAACGAUGAGGCGGCUAAAGCCCUUAUAAACACAUUCAUUCAAGAAGUCGAAGAGAAACAGGCCCUAAAAAAGGAACUGAGGGCAAAAAACCUGAACGCUCCCAGUCUGAGACCGAGCGAUUCCUCCUUCAGCAAGUUAGAUUCGAGCUUGAAGAAAAACACGGCUUUCGUGAAGAAAAUAAAAAAUUUCUCCGCAAGCCAUGUGGACAGUUACAUUAAAGACAUGUCCGGUUUGAACCUGUCCAAAUAUAUAUCGGAAAUAGCGGCGGCUAUAGUCGAUUCCAAAUUGAAGAUGAGCGACGUCUCGGCCGCCGUGAAACUAUGCAGCAUUUUACACCAAACGUACACGGAGUUCUCCCAGCAUCUCUUCGAGAACUGGCAGAAAAUUUUGACCAUUAAAGUCGGAGAAAAGAUCCCCAAUCCCAGCAAAUUGCGCGUCGAUUUGCGGUUUUACGCCGACCUAUUACAGGCCGGUAUAUUUUCUAAUAAAAACGCCCUGUCCCUACUCGGAUCCGCUUUAACUGCACUAAUAAACAUGGAUAAAGAGGAACAUUUCAAUAUAGCAAUAAUUUUGAGCUUUUGCAAGCACUGUGGAGACGACUAUGCAGGACUCGUUCCGAGAAAAAUGAAGGAAUUAGCGGUGAAAUUCAACCUGGAAGUACCGAAGAGUUCGUUCCUCACGCCGGAGAAACAGCAAAACGUGAGGGCGCUUCUCAAAGACUACUACGUUUCGUUGAGUAAACACUUGGUAAAAGACCACAUAGAUAUGCAAAACUUCGAAAAACAAAACCUACGAAUACUGCAAACCAAAGGCGAAUUGGGCCAGGAAAGAAAGGAGAAACUCGAGCAACUCCAAAGCGCCUACGACAAACUUCUGACAAACACUCAAAAUUAUUCCGAUAUCCUAGACGAAGAUAUGCCAGUUUUGAGAACGCAAACUUUACCAAAAACCGAUGAAACCAUGAUAGUGACAGGAUCCGGUACAGAUUUAGAAGACUGCACAAGCAACCUAGAAUCCAUUUGGUGUGACAUAGAAACCCAAAAAUUCUACUGCGAUUUACCCGAAUUAACCGCCUUUUUACCAACAGCCUUCCUAAACAAAGGCCAGACGCCGCCUCCUGCGGAAACUGUCACCGAAGAAGUCCUCGACAGCGACUUACCAGUCGAAGAAUUGGAAGAUGAUGGCAAAACCGAAGAUCAGCCGGCAGCAGAAGAAGAAAUCGAAGAUUCCUCAUCGACAACAGCCAGCAAUAAAAUCGUAUUAGAAGCCUUCUUAGACAAUCUACCCAACUGCGUGAACCGCGAAAUGAUAGACAACGCCGCCAUAGACUUUCUAGUAACGCUAAACAGCAAGCACAAUCGCAAGAAACUCGUUCGGGCGCUGUUCGGCGUGAACCGCACGAGGCUCGAUUUGCUCCCGUUCUACGGGCGAUUCGUGGCCAUCCUGCAUCCGGCCAUACCCGAAGUGGGCGCCGAGCUGUGCCAAAUGCUGCGGCACGACUUCAAGUACCACGUGCGGAAAAAGGACCAAAUCAACAUCGAGUCGAAAAUAAAAGCCGUCAGAUUCAUCGGGGAACUAGUCAAAUUCAAACUAUAUUCGAAAAUAGAAGCCCUGUAUUGCCUCAAAGUGCUGCUGCACGAUUUCUCGCACCACAACAUCGAAAUGACGUGCAAUUUGCUGGAGGUGUGCGGUAGAUUUUUGUAUUGCAAUCCGGAUUCCCAUCAAAGGACUCGAGUUUAUUUGGAGCAAAUGAUGAGGAAAAAGGCGGUGAUGGCGUUCGAUUCGCGGUACGUGACGCAGAUAGAAAACGCCUAUUACUAUGUAAACCCGCCUGAAGUAGUGGCCGUGACGAUAAAGGAACGCCCGGUGAUGCACCAAUUCAUUAGAAAGAUAUUGUACCAGGAUUUGCAAAAGAACAACACCGAUAAAGUCAUGAGGCUCAUGAGAAGAUUAGAUUGGGCGAAUACCGAAAUAUCGGCGUACGCUGUGAAAUGUCUCACCGGGGCGCACAACCUCAAAUAUUUCAAUAUCAGGUGCCUAGCAAAUUUAAUGGCCGGGCUGGUGCUCUACCAAGAAGAAGUCGGCACUAAGGUAGUAGAUGGGGUUUUAGAAGGCAUCCGAUUAGGCAUGGAAGUAAACUUACCAAAGUUCAAUCAACGAAGGGUAGCACAAGUGAAGUAUUUAGGCGAAUUGUACAAUUACCGCAUGGUCGAAAGCUCAGACGUUUUUAAGGUUUUGUACUCGAUCAUAUCGUUCGGCGUUUCGAUGGAUCCCGCGGAGCCAUCGCCGCUCGAUCCCCCUCACAGCCUGUUCCGCAUCCGCUUGGCCUGCGUUCUGCUGGAAACCUGCGGCACGUACUUCAGCAGCGGCAGCAGCAAAAGGAAAUUGGACUACUACCUGACGUUCCUGCAGGCGUACUAUUGGCACAAGAAGAAAAUGUGGAACGACAACUUCCCGCCGAUGCUCGACCACAUUUUCAGGGAAACGCUGACGACGCUGCGGCCGAAAUUGAAGCUGUGCCAGAGCCACGAGGAGGCGUUGGAGGAGCUGAACAACAUCAAGCACAAUUUGGGCAUCGAAAAGUUGCUGGAGAUGGAAAACCGGCAAGCCAACGAUGAUGGUUUAGAUACGAUAACGGAAACCGAUAACGAAGAGGGCGCUGAGGACGAAACGUCCGAAGGAGUUACUGGGCCUGUUACCGACGAUACCGCUACAGAGGAUGAAAUUAUGGACAAUACGCAAGGAUCCGACGAAGAUGGUGAAAAUAUGACUAGCGAGGCUGAACAAGAACAAGUAUCGGAAUCCUUAGCAAUCCCCAAAGCGCCGAAAAAAUUAGACUGUCCAGAAGACACCGAUUUCCUCAGCGCCUUAGAUAAAAUGGUAUCGGAAAACAUCCAAGAACGCAUGAAAGAGCCUGUUAAAGCCGGCAACAUAGACAUAUCAGUACCGGUCGUACUGAAAUCUAACGUCAAAAAAACCUACGAACAACUACAGGAAACAGCGGCGGAGAGCGAGCAAGCGAAAAUCGGGUUCGUGCUGAUGGUGCGCAAAGGCAACAAGCAGCAGUACAAGCAAUUCGAGGCGGACGUCGACUCGGAGCUGGCGCAGAACCUGAGAGACCAAGAGCAAGCGCAGAAAGAGGAAAAGGAGAAGGUGAAGCGGCUGACGUUGAACAUCACGGAGCGGUUCGAAGAGGAGGACUAUCAGGAAAUGUUGCAGCAACAAAGCAAACCGGUCACGCAGAAUCUGAAUAGGGAGCGGAAGAAGUACCAGCAUCUCAAAGGUACGCCGGACGCCGAUCUGAUAUUCGGGACGAAGAAAGUGCGAUAA